AUGAGCCAUCUGUACCACUCACAACGCCGCGAAGAGUGUGCACGAGUGCGGUACAGCUACACCAACAUCACACGAGAGGGCAAGGGCUGGCCGCCAUUCCUCGCCGAUCUGAAGCUCAAGGUCGAAGGCGUGGCGCAGCAGAAGUUUAACUUUGUAUUCUGCAACCUCUACAGCAACGAAAACGAGUACAUCGGCUGGCACCAGGAUAAAGAGGAGGCCAUCGUGAAGCACUCGGCCAUUGCCACGGUAUCGCUCGGGGCCACUCGCCGCUUCUGCCUGCGGCACGACAAGACAAAGCGCUUAGUUCUUUUGGAAGAGGGCAGCCUGCUCCUGAUGAAGGGCAACACACAGGAGCGAUACCGCCACUCAGUGCCGCGAUCCCCCGGACCAGCUCAGCUCGCGAUCGUGACCCUUAGCCUCGACCUGCAAUGCAACAAAGGUCGCGGCGUGUCCCUUGGCACCAUCAACCGAGAGUGGUUGCCUAAUCUCGAGCUUCGAAGUUGCGCCGAGUUGGCAUUCAAAGUCAAGAGGUAG